ACCGUCGCUCUAGAGGAGCGACCGGCCCUUGUCAUGUGACCCAGGCUCCAGCUUCGCCCAGGGAUGGAGCCGGAAGAUGGGACGCCCUUGUGGCGGCUGCAGAAGCUUCCAGCCGAGUUAGGCCUGCAGCUUUUUCACAAAAUAAUUGAUGGCAUUUGUGGCCGAACUUAUCCUCUCUACCAGGAUUAUCAGAGUAUUUGGGAUUCAACAGAGUGGAUACAUGUUCUAGAAGAUAUUACAAGGUUUUUCAAAACUGUAGUUGGUAAAAAUUUACCUGAUGAAGAGAUAUCUCAGCAAUUGAAUCAGUUGAAUUCAUUUCAUCAAGAAGCUAUCAUGAAAUGCUUGAAAAGUAGGAAAGAGGAAAUCAAGAAGGCUCUGUUAGGAGAAAUAGUUGAUAUUUCCUCUGCACAGCUGCAGGAUUUUGAUUGGCAAUUAAAGCUUGCACUUUCUAGUGACAAGAUUGCUACAUUACAAAUGCCACUUUUAAACCUUCAUCUAGAUGUAAAAGAAAAUGGUGAAGUCAAACCAUAUUCUGUUGAAAUGAGUAAAGAAGAGCUACAGAACCUAAUAAAUUCCUUGGAAGCAGCUAAUAAGGUUGUCCUGCAGUUGAAAUAACUGGAAUUGAUGAAUACCAACAUUAUCAGCUUCCACUGCUACAACUGAUAUGACAGAGUGGAGACAGUGUGUUCAGAAAGUCUGUGAUAUACUAUUACCGCAAGCUGAGAAAGCAGCGAUGUUGAGAUUGCAAAGAUAAAAAUUAUCAACUUCCCUAAAGAACAGGAAAUUACUUGGUUGACAGGAAAUGCAUAAAAAAAUGAAAGAUAAAAUGCUAUAAUAGCAGUUUAUAUUUUCAUAAUGACUGUUCUGCUUCACUUAUUAAAUAUCUGAGAAAUCUUUAUAUAGAGUUUUAUUGAAAACUAAAAAUAGGCUUUAAAGUAAUGUAGACAUACAAAGCACAAAUACUUGAAUCUUGCUUAAAGAAGUAUGUGAAUAGCAAGGAUGUGUAUUAUGGAUAUAUAUGACUAAUUUGUGAUAUUAAAAAAUAACUUUUAAAGAAUGUAUAUGCUGCAUAUACAACUCAGGAGACUCCAUAUAUUUCUCAUAUUUCAAAGGAAAGAUUAUAAAAUGUAAAAUUUCUUAGAGAAAGAAACUCUUCAGACAUGAACAAGAAAAAAUAAAUGUGUGUGAACAAUUCUGAGUUUAUGUAUUCUAGAAGCUAAAAUCUUACACAAAAACAGGAAAACAUGCAAUAACGUGGUUACUUUUGUAUUUCUAUGUCUGAUUGGGACAGUAUGCUGUGAUAAACAGAAUGUAUGUCAUGGUAUAGUGUUUUACUAUUCAAGUAUCAGCAAAGUCUAUAUAUAUGGGUUCAUUUUUGUUAUAACCUCUAAAUAUUGAAUUUAAUGGUUUUGGAUGCUAACAACUUUAUUGGCAAACAGUUCAUUUUAAAUUUCAGUUAACUUUAAAAUCAAGAAUUCUGACCCAAUAAAAAUACCGUUUUAUUUU